AUGACCAGGGACGCAACCAGAGACGGGCUCGCUUGGGACAACGGCGGCAUCGAUCUGGAGCCGUGCUGGACGCGAGAGCCCAGCCUUGACGCCAUCCAGCGCGUCUGCCGCCGUCACUUGGGCAUUCCCACUCCCCACUCGCAAGAGGGCGAGGAGGGCAAGGGCGAAGGCGCCGAGGGCGACUGUGCUGUCCACUUCCAUGCCGCUGGCGCCCUCAACAAACUCUAUCUGGUCGACACGCGUCGCGGCCGCUUCAUGAUGCGCGUGUCUCUGCCCGUCGACCCACGCAACAAGACACGGGGCGAGAUGGCUACGCUGGCCCUGGUGCGCCGCAACACAGACAUUCCGGUGCCCCUCGUCGUCGCCUUUGACGACACCUCCACAAACGAGAUUGGCUUCGAGUGGAUUCUCAUGGACUUUGUUCCCGGCAAGCCUGCCUACUACCGGUGGCGUGGCAUGACCAUGGCCCAGAAGGAGGCCCUGGCCGCUCGUGUUGCAGACUUCCAGGCCCAGCUCUUUCGCUGCAGCAGCUUGGGGGUCGGCUUCCGCGGCAUCGGUACUCUGGGCACCGGGCCCGACCAGGCCGGCGACAACCAGGCCGGCGGCGACCAGGCCGGCAGCCAUGUCCCCAGCGUCCCCAACACGCCCAGCCCGGGGCCCAUCGUCUCGAGCGCCUUCUUCUCGGGCCCGCACUUCCACUACACGGUCCCGCGCGGCCCGUUUCCGUCGAGCUACGACUGGCUUCGUGCUCACCUCAGUAUCAUCACAAAGGAACACACCAACGCCCUGGCCGAUACGCAGCACCAUGACGACCGCGAGUAUACCGAGGGCGUGCUGCGUGUUGCCCGCAAGCUGCUCCGCAUGCUUCCCCGGCUCUUCCCUGCUGUCGUGCAUCCGCCCGAGCGCACGGUGCUGUGGAACGACUUCACGCUCCACAACAUCAUGGUCGACGAUGCUGGUCGCAUCACGGCCGUCCUUGACUGGCAGUGCUUGGCGACGGUGCCGCGCUGGACAGCCCUGCAGGUGCCCGACUUUCUGCGCGGCGCCACCCGCCACGACAUGCCCGACCGCGACCGUUACACCGAUGUCAGUGACCACGGCAGCAACACCUCGGCCAGGUCGGGGCUCGACGACGGCCUCGAUAACGAGGGCAAGACUGAGCUCUUCUGGAUCCACCUGAUGGAGUACGAGCAGACCCAGCUGAGGAAGGUCUAUGCUGCCCACAUGCGCCAGCGCCUGCCCGAGUGGGACAUGGAAAUCGCCGAUGGCGCCCUCAAGGUUGAUUUCCUGGGUGCUGUUUCAAGAUGCGGCGCCGGCUUCUACCUCCGACGCGUCGAGCAGUGGGUCGACGCCCUCGAGCGGAAGGACUAUCUCAGCCUUAUGGAGGUUCUCAGGGUGGGGAUCAAGAAGGAGAGGAGUGGUGGCGUGAGACAAGGCGGCACUGCGGGACAACCUGUUUCAAGGCCCGAGUAG